AUGGGCAAUAUCCUCCGUUUACUUACAAGUCGUUCGGAGGAAAUCAAGGAUGAUUUGGAUAUCUUUGUGGACUUCGAAAAUUGUCAGCCGUCCCAAGAAGAAUAUGAUCUAUGGCUUGAAAUAAACGAGAAACUUGCACACACUGAAGAUGUUCUACGGCUGGUUCAAAAUUAUCCUGGCGCAGCAGCAGAGAUUCGCACCGCUAUUGAGAGGUACUCUGAUGCCAAUGCACAACUUCAGGCCUGGAAAGUCCUCUGUCCACUUGCACAACAGCUGCGUUUUUGCUACGACUUCGGCGUCGAAUUAGGUAUGCCACACUGGCAUUCUCUUGCUCUUAAUUUAUCAGAAAUAAUUUAA